AACUGAGAAGCAAACUUCAGCGAAGAAAACUCAAAACAAAAGAUAAGAUUCAAACAAAUAUAACCACAUACUAUUGUUUUCAUUCGGGAAUUAUACCAAUUACACCAACAUGUUGUCCGGCUGCCCCGACGAGCUGCCCAAUCCGCACAAGAACUGCCUGCACGAGAUGCUGCAGGCGCUGAUCUGCAACGACAACGAUGUGAAGCGCUUGAACACGGAGCUGCGCAACCUCCAGCUGGAGCUGCAGGCGGAGCUGGACAAGAUCAACAAGGCGAGCCAGAAGUGCGGCCACGAGAAGCGGGGCAAGGUGGUGUGCGAGAGCAUCGAGGACAUGACCAAGUUCGCCCAGCGCAUCAGCAGUCUGGACGAGGUGAAGACCCAUUUCAGCCGGCGAAGUGAGGAGAUCCGCAAGCGGCGGGACAACAUCAUAGUCUACGCCCGCCAGUGCCUGUAUGCCUACAACGAGGAGAAGUGCAAGUUCAAGUCCUUCCACGAGAACACCGUGGACUACAUCAAGCGCACAGCGACCCUGUCUCAGGAUGCGGACGUGAUCCGUGGUUGCGAGAAGGAUGUGUGCGAUCUCCACAAGCGCUUUGUGCGCGAGGUGGCCAAGCUGAAGAGUUGCGAGUCCGAGCUUUUGCCUUUCUUCAAGCUGCUCAAGGAGUCGGAUCCCAAGGCCUACUGCGAGUGCUGCUGCUUCAAGGGAUACGACUGGCUCCCACAAGGCAAGAACCUGGAGUCUGUGGAUGCCAUGGCCGGCGAGAUCAAGGAGCAAAUGGGCGACGUCCUGCGCCGGGCCUUCGCCCAGCUGCACCUUCAUUCGCCGCAGGACCCGCGGGCCUUUAUUGCCGCCUACCUGAUGAACAUCGAUCGCAACGAACAGGACAUGAAGGAGAAGCUUGGUCUCUUUCAGGCAGAUCCUGUGGUAAAACUACAGGAGCUUCCGGACCCCACAUACCAGUGCGAGGAUACUUGUCCUCCACCACCACCAGAGUAAGACCACAAAGAGCCCUUGUUUAACUUUACUUGACAACCGAUUGCCUUUAUCUUAAAUUGUCUUAACAAGAACACGCCAAAAUGUGCUAAAUUGAUCAUAAUCAUAGCUUUCCUCACAAACUUUUAAUUGUUUCGAACUAAAAACGCAAUACAGACAAUAUGAUUUUCAA